UCACCGCGCCAGCCCGCGUUCCAGAGCGCUGCCGGCUCCAUCUGAUCGCCCCCAGGCGCCCGCAUCCCCUCCCGGCGCCCGCAUCCCCUCCCGGCGCUGGGCUCGCCCUUGGCUCCCAGCCUUCUCUACAGACCGGUUCUGCUUGUCCUUCUGUCCUGGCGCGCCACCUCCGGCCACCGGCUUGGAUGGACGCGCGGAGGGUGCCCGGGUGUCCAGGGGUCUUGCUUCCGAAGUUGGUCCUGCUCUUUGUCUGCGCAGAGGAUUGCCUUGCUCACUGUGGCAAAGACUGCAAAUCUUACUGCUGUGAUGGAACCACACCUUACUGUUGCUCCUACUAUGCCUAUAUUGGGAAUAUUCUUUCGGGCACGGCAAUUGCUGGCAUAGUAUUUGGAAUCGUGUUCAUCAUGGGGGUAAUUGCUGGAAUUGCCAUAUGUAUCUGCAUGUGCAUGAAAAACAACCGUGGGACCCGGGUGGGUGUCAUCAGGACUACCCACAUCAAUGCCAUCUCCUCCUACCCUGUGGCACCACCCCCCUAUAAUUAUGACCAUGAGAUGGAAUACUGUGCAGACUUGCCUCCUCCAUACUCCCCGACCCCAGCACAGCGUUCUCCACCUCCUCCAUAUCCUGGAAAUUCAAGGAAGUAAUCCUUCUCCUGGAACAGAGUAUGUGCCAGUCAGCAAUCUUGCCUAGAAUAAAAUGCCUCUACUCAGAAACAAACAGGGAAGGAUCGCCCUAAGGAACAUCCUUUUGGGUUGGACAGUAUGUCAAGUGGAAUAGCCAGGCUAAGAGAAGAGACAGGAUUUCUACCCUACUCAGAGCUGAUCCCAUCUGGGGUAUUAUGUUGGGUUCACAGGGACCACAUUUGAAGAGGUCUACUGAUUAACAGAAGCACACUCAGAUAAGAGUAAUGGGUAGGCAAAACAUUGGAAAUUCGUGUCGCUUAAGGAACAGAUGAAGGAAAUGGCAAUAUUCACCCUGAAAAAGAGAAGCUUUAUGUCAGAUACAAGGAUACUCUGGACCACAUGAGGAAAUGACUAUCUUCUGUAGCUUUACGAGUCAGAAAUAGAACUCUUCAGUCUUUUUGUUCAUCCACAGACGCAGAUCAAGUGCCUGAAAGCCUACUCUGUGCCUUACACUGUUGGAAACACUGGAUGGAAGUUGCAGGAAGAGAACUCGGGUUUCAGUAUAAGAAAGGGCAGUUGGGGUUUUCUUAAUGACUAGAUUGCUUUGUGAAGCUCCCUGUCACCAAGACUCCUAACAGACUCUGGCUGACUACCCGGUAGAGACCUGCUCGAGAAGGGAGAGCUAAGUCAAAUGGUAGAUGGGUUCAUUGGGCACCCAAAGCUCUGCUCGUGUUUUAGAUAGAAGUGAGGUGAAUUUCUACAUCACCAGGAAUGAAAACAACAGGGGUAGUUGAAUCUACAUAAUUGGAGACUUAAAACAUAAUCCAAAGGACUCAACAGCCGCUUGAAGCCAAGAGCUCUUCACUGCUAGCUAUUGCCACCUAAAAAUCAUCUGACUCUAUGUAGUAUAUGAUGAUAAUGGUAAUUCCAACUAUGAAAAAAAAUUCGUACCAAGUUCCACAAGCAACAAAUACUUCACUUCAGAUUAAAAGAUGAGAAGCCAGAAUCCCAUGGGAUUUUAUAUCAGGGAGUAAAAUUUAGAACUUGACCAGGAAGCUAUAUAGCAGUUUACAAAAGGAAGAGGGAAAAAUGAAGCUUGGAUUCUGUUUUGUAUAACUCCACUCACAUGCAACUUGGACAAAUUUCUAUGUCUCUUGUAACAUUUUAAUAAUCUAGUCUCUUGAAAAGUUGCACAGUUAAUGGAAAAGUAAGAUAUUGAUGUCAAACUGUUGCCUUUUGACAAAACCCAAAUUUUAUAAAGUGCCUACCUUUAGGUGUAAAAGUUUUUAAUAAAUAAUUCUAAUAUGCCAUAUUCAUUGCUGCAGGUAAUCUUAACAUUUCUAUUUUCAUGUAUUUAAAGUUGUACGUUGACACAAUAUUGAAAAUAGAUCAUGAAAUUUGUGUGUCACUUUGCAAUUAAAUCUAAAAUGUUUAAUCCAACAUUAUCAGCAUAAUUCAGUGAAAUCCCAAAAUGAUGCUAAGAGUUUUGCUGAAUAAAACAAUCAAAAGAAAUGUCUUAAAGUAAAAAUCAUAGUUAGGAAACUCAGUAACUCAUAUAAGUAGCAUAUUUUACUUUCAAAGACAUUGAUUGAACUGAAAUACAGUCUAACUGCCAGUGAGAUCUGAAAGCUAGAUUUGUUUUGAAUGACUAGCUUGAUUUUCAGGCACUGUGAUUUUCUUGCUUAUGAAGAUGGAAACCAUUCAAGCAUUUCAGCCUGUCCUACCUAGUAACUGAGAUUUUAGCACAAUUUUAACAGUACAUAUGCUUUAAUUUAUCUCUCUUCUGCAAGUGUGAUCAGACCCAAUUACACAGUAGCUACACAAUUCAAAGUGUUAAAGCCUCUGUGACAUUCAGAGUGAUGUUUCCCAAUGCACCAUAUAUUCCUUAAGAAAAAAUGGAGAGGGCAAGUCCAGCAGUAAUUGAAUUCUCAUCAUCUUUGCUGUCAGUAAAUGUUUACUGCAUACCUCCUAUGUUCUGCCAACAUUACUCGCAUAGGAGCUAUUACAAUCCACACCAUCUCUCUUCUCUGAGUGGUUUUAAGGCCUCCCUUAAGGCAUAUCACAAACCCAUAGACCUCCAACAGAUGAGCAUUUUUACUAUUUGUAUUUAGUGUCACAAGAGUGUAAAUGUGCACAAUGUCAGUAUAGACUUCUGGAGUUCACUGAUUAUUUUCAUAGGUGACACAUCUUGGGGGGAAAUAGUAUACGAUGUGAAAGCUUUGAAUUACAGUUAUUUAAAAACUAAUGUAUUUGCUGUGGCCAAAGUGUUUACAAUAAGCAAUAAAAUAAAAUAACCCAUUAUAACAA